AUGCAAACGUCAACCUUUAUUUUAAGUUUGUGUUUUUCACUUUCAACUGGGUUUUACUUCCACGUAGGCGAACGAGAGGAGAAGUGCAUAAUAGAAGACAUUCCGAGCGAAACGCUGCUAACAGGGACCUUCAGGAUACAGCAAUGGGACACCCACAGACACGACUUCCUGGAGUCGGCUCCGGGUUUGGGAAUGUUUGUGACUGUUACAACCUACAAUGAUGAGGUAUUAUUGUCCAAGUUAUAUGGCCCACAAGGAACAUUCUCUUUUACUUCACAUUCACCUGGCGAACACAUCAUCUGCUUGGAAUCGAACUCUACAACGCUUGUGUCCUUUGGAGGGAGUAAGCUGCGGAUUCACUUAGAGAUUCGAGUUGGACAACAUGACCUUGAUGCAGCUGUUGCUCAAGCGAAGGACAAAGUUAAUGAAGUUAGCUUUAAGCUGGGACAUCUAAUUGAGCAAAUUGAGCAAAUAGUCAAAGAACAAAACUAUCAAAGGGACCGUGAAGAAAAUUUUCGAAUGACCAGUGAAGAUACAAAUAGCAAUGUUCUAUGGUGGGCUUUUGCACAAACAUUAAUCUUUAUCUCAAUCGGAAUUUUCCAAAUGAAACACCUUAAAGACUUCUUUAUAGCUAAGAAACUUGUUUAA